ACAAAUUAUACACGUAACCUGCAGAACAGGAACAGUAUCUUGGCCUAAAAUGUGAAAAACCGGAAGCAGAAUUCCGAUUUGAUCUCUGUGAACUAAAGUGCGGAAACAACGAAUCCGCCAACUACCCUGUUUUGUUUCCACGUGUAGAACGCUCUUAAUUUUAAUUUUGCGAAAGUCACUCUAAAGCAUGGUCUGUAUAGCCAAUCCCACACCUCUAAACUUGGUCAGCAAGCCCGUCAUAUGACUCUUUAAAGUCAUCCUCCACUUCAAUGCUCAUUGGUCCAUCGCUUACCAUUUUUCCAUACCAAAAUCACUCUAAAAGUAGUUAUGAUUAGGUAGUUUCGCACCAAUUUAACUGCAUUCCUGUCUUGUUUAUAAAGAUUGCAUCAACUAUCUUAUCAACCACCAAGAGCUUCCCACCAUGUCAUUUUUCUGGUUCUCUAGCUUGGUCCGUUUGCACUUCACAUGGCCUAUGGUAACCUAUGCCGCCACUUGGAUAACGCUUCUGACGUUGACGGCGGCAGUGGCUUCUAUCUCACCGCAGGUGGCGUUUGUCUCCGCCAUAUCCCCCUCCUCUUCGUUCUCUCAGAAGUGCAGCAGUGAUGGGUCCAUUAGAAUGCCCUUGGAUGUUCCAGGAAACAUCCUGUGUUUUCCUCCUCACAUGUUCGUGAAGUCCAAGGUUGACCUAAUCGUUCCACCCGUCUUUGCAGCAGCCAUUGUAGCGGCUUCUGCUUGCGUGCUGCGAGCUGCGGGCUUGUGGGAGCAUGAUUAAACUCGUUGAGAUGAAAGCUAACUGGGUAUUCCUCUUAGAAUCAGAUCGUAAUUCGAGAUGGGUCAUAUCAAUCUGACACAAAAGAAUUAACAAAAUUCGAUUAUGUGUCACCUGAAAUUUGACCCAGAUCACAGAUUUCGAUAAUUUGUUGUUGAGAAGAGCUUCUGAUGAACACGGCCUGACGUGGCGAUUGGCUGUGAAAUUGAGCUAAACUGUUUCCUUUUGUAUAUAUGAGAUUAUUUAUUUUUUAAAAUCCACACAAGAUUGUCAAAUGUUAGCAAUGAUGUGUUCGUAAUAGAUUUCUGAAUUAUUUAUCUUUCGGGUAUGCCAAUCAUCUGGGGAGUUAGAUUGAGGACGAUGAUCAAUCUUAUUUUCAGUUAAAGCAAGUACUUCAUUCAAUGCUAACGGUGAAUAAUUUUCUGAAGCUGUUAUUUUCAUUUCAAGGAAUAAAAAUGGCAAAGAUUGCUGUAAUAAAAUGAAAUGCUAUUUUAAA